GCUGCGGCCCUCACCCCACUCUGGUUUAAGCAUAGCAAGUCCUCUGCCUUCAGGAAGCCCAUGCGGGCCUGGGUCCACUCAGCUCCUGUCCUCCUACCUACUACUGUGCAGAGAAUGUGGAUCGACUAUUCCUCACUUCCCGGCAUGCGUCUUUGCAGAGUUUGAUGGGGCGCCGGGCGGAUGACAGCGGGAACGGUUGUGAUCACUGGCGGAAUCCUAGCUACCGUGAUCCUCCUCUGUAUCAUUGCUGUCCUGUGCUACUGUAGGCUCCAGUAUUACUGCUGCAAGAAGAGUACAGACGAUGAGGAUGCGGAGGAGGAGGAGGAGGAAGAGGAAGAACACGACCUUUCCAUUCAUCCCCGAGCCCCCACCUGCAAUGCCUGCAGCUCCCAAGUCCUGGAUGGCAGAGGCAAUCUGGCACCUCUCACCAGCGAGCCCUGCAGCCAGCCGUGUGGGGUGGCCAGCCACUGCACCACUUGCUCCCCAUACCGCACCCCCUUUUACAUACGGACAGCUGACAUGGUGCCCAAUGGGGGUGGAGGCGAGAGGCUCUCCUUUGCCCCUACACAUUACAAAGAGGGGGGGACCCCAUCCCUCAAAUUGGCAGCACCUCAGAGUUACCCGGUGACCUGGCCAAGUUCUGGGCAUGAGGCCUUCACUAAUCCAAGGGCUAUUAGUACAGAUGUAUAAUCCUUUCACCCCAAUCUGCACACACCCAACACUGUCCCAGCAGGAGCCGUGGAGUGGAGGGGAACCUCCAGUAGUCCCCCACCAGGAACCGUCUCAGUUUCUCUGGCUUCCAUAGCAGAAGGUUCUUCACUAGGAUGUGAGCUAGUAAAUGCAUCAAGGACCGGGGCAGGAUCGAUGGCCCAGAAGUGGCGACCUAAUAAGCCUGCAAUGUCCCCAGUUUCUCUCUGACUCUUCCCUCUAACAGUCAAGCUCUACCACACCUCCCAGUAAGCCCAAACCCUUGGCUUCGCUGGGCUGUGCGAAGGAACGCCGGGUAAAGCCUAAGCAAAGGCUCUGGAGGCUUCCAGAGACCGUGGGAAACCAAGUGGGCAUGGACACAAAGAAGAAAUGGACACAAAGGGAAAGAUGAGGACUAGACAUUCCAGAAUUUGAGAGGAGAAAGAGGAGAAAGUGUUAAAGGAGCCCCCAGUUUUGCUGGCUGGAAUUCACCCAUGAGGUGAUUUACACUCUAUUUUUUUUUAACUUUAUUUGCCUGCUCUGAUAGGCAUAUGAGUUCUGAGAACACCACAUCUGCUAUCUUGCCCCUCCUCAUGAAACACAUCAAAUUGAGGCCAAGCGCCGUGACACACAGCUGUUUGUGGGAUCACAGCCAGGAGAGUCUACACAACCUUGUCUCUCCCCGUCAGUCCUUCCUUAUGCCCCCUGCCAGAGAACCUUCCCCAGAUUUCAAUCGCUGCAGUCCAAUAAACCUAGCGAGCAGAUCUCACUGAUUACCUCGUUCCUCCACACUUAGCCACAGAUGGAGAUUCAGCCCUGUGAGGGUGUGUGCAUGCCCAUUCCUGCACAAGCUCCUCUAGAGGCUGCUGCACCCCUUGAGCAUCCAUCUGUGAUGUGACAUUAAGAACAGGACCAUUUUAUCCCAUCAGGGGAUGUAGCCUUUUCCCCUGAGUUCUGAGGCGGGGGUCUCCUGAAGGCUGGCUGUGUCUUAGUAAUUACACUCCAUGUUUGCUUGCCCUCCUUCGGCCCCCUAACCCUCCAGCCUCAUGAUGAUGAGCUAUUUUUCUGUCUUACUCUGAUCCCCAAGUCCCCACACCUCCCACUUGUCAACUAGCAGUGGCCUUAUGGGUUUGUGUUGUUUGUUUAUUUGCUUUGUUUUGCUUAGGUGUUUUUGUUUUGCUUUGUUUUGUUUAGUAAGUCUGCCUGAUAAAUUCUCCAGCUACCUCUGUGGCUCAAGGGUCACUGUCCCCACUUCUAAGGGUGUAUGUUAAUGCCUGCACGUUCCUGAGUCACAGAAUGCUGUUGAGGGUGGGGCAGCAGAAGGGCUGGUCUUGCUCCUGAACCCUUGGUUGGCCAGGGUUGGAUGGAUCCUGGGCACAGGAGUAUCUGAUGUGGGUUGGAAACCACAAAAGGGGUGGGAGAAAGCCCACAGGAUUAGGAAGGGAAAUUAUUUCAGUUGUUGGUGAAAAGCA